AUGCUAGGCGGAUUGGUAGCCGGAAUAGAGGCGGGAGACGACGACGAAGGCGAUGAAGAUGCUAUCGUACCGGCUCAAGGACCGUCUGUCAAGCGCCAGACGAUCUGCUUCGACGAAUCGUUCCCCAGCGCCGCACCCAAUUUUCAACUGCUUGUCGAUGCAGGGCCGGGCUGUGGUGGUAUCACAUGGCCGGCAGCAGAAGUACUGACGGCCUACCUGGCAAAUAUCCUCGCGCUCAAUCCAUCCUGGCUGGAGGGCAAACGUAUCGUUGAGCUAGGCGCUGGUACAGGGGCGGUCUCGAUGGCGUUGGCGAGAAUGAUGAAAAAGCGGGGGUCUCGGACAACGAUCUAUUCCACCGAUCAGGCGAUUCUGCUUGACCUCAUGGAUGCGAAUACUGUUCUCAAUGACGUUGGGGACACGGUCAACGUCAGAGAGCUCAGUUGGGGCGAAACAAUCGCGAGCGAGAUGCAAACGCCAGACAUCAUACUGGCAGCAGACUGCGUCUACUUUGAGCCUGCGUUUCCUCUGCUAAUGAAGACGCUGCGCCUGCUCGCAACGCCGACGAGCGAGAUUCUGUUUUGCUACAAGAAGCGACGCAAGGCUGACAAGCGCUUCUUUGUGAUGCUCCGAAAAGUUUUUACAGUGACUGCCGUCGUCGAAGACUUUGUCUGCCAUCGCGAUUUCCGGCGCGAGGCUAUCUUCCUGUAUCGCCUAUCGCUUCGCAGCCGAUGA